AUGACUGGUCUAAUAACUCUUAUUGCUGAAGAUCAGCAUUUCCAGGUACCCCGUGAUGUAUUAACUAGAUCAAGUUUGUACUUUCAUGCUGCUUUUGAAAGUGGUAUGGCUGAAAGCAAAACUAAACAAUUCAGUUUUCCUAAUUUUACUGCUCAUCAGUUGGCCAUGGUUGUUCAUUUUUCACGAUAUGAAUAUACAAUCUGGGGUGAUGCUUUAGAUAUGCAGAAUAAUAAUUCAGAUUACUGUUCUAAUUGUCCAGAAAAGUUCAAAAUUUUAGAAGCACUGGAUUUAACAGACGCAGCAGAUUAUUUUCAAAUGCCUAAACUUAUUCAAAUGUGUGUACAAAGACUAUCUUAUAUUAUGGAUAAUUUGUUUCAACCGAAAUCUAUUCAUUUGCAUGAGUCACAUGGUUGUGACAUAUUUUCUACUAUAUUAAAAGAGCUUGUUAAAGUUUCUCAUUGUGGAAAUGCUUCUGUUAAUAAACUAUUUUCGGAAUACACCAGUAAAUAUCCUCAUUUCCUCCUCAGACCAUGUCUUUCAGAAUCGAAUUUACAGUUAGAUCUUAUUAAUCUUGUUGUUAACUACUUAUCAAAAAAUAUUGUAUGCAUACCAAAUGAAGAUGUUGUUCUAGACAUUGUCCUCGGCUGGUUACAGACAUUAAAGUCGACUGAAUUUUAUAAUGAAAAUAUUGUUCAUUCGUUUUUACACUGUAUUCGUCCAGGUCUUCUUUCUGUACAAGGACAAAGUAAGUUAUUGGAGUACUGGCAUAAAUACCAUGCUGAAUUUAAAUGGUACGGGAAGUUGACAUAUGAUGAUAUGAAAACAUUCUUUAAAAGUAUUCCACAUGGAGGAAUGUUUUCUAAGCCUUCAUCACCUCUUUCGCAAAUACAGCUGUCUCUAUUAAAACCCAGAGCUGAAUCUUUAUGCUUGCUGGGAUUGGCGCCAAACAGUUCGAACAAUUUAGAAUUUUGGAUUUUCAACCUUCAUAAUGGAACCUAUCAUAAUUGUCCUUUACCCGCUCAUUGUCUCCGUGAAUUAGAUCUUGAUUCAUCUGGUUUAGGUGAUAUAGACCGUCGCAUUUACUUUUGCCCACUAACUUACGGGCCUAGUACUUACCAAAAUAGCUUGUUUGUUGUAUGUUUUGAUCCAAAUAGUGGAGCUUUGAAUGGAUUUGCUUGGUGUCUAGCUACUUGCCGUGCGAAAUCUAUUCCCCGCCUCUUCCUAUCUCCUUCAAAUAACAGAAAUAAUUCACUAAGCUUCUUUUCUUUCCGAUCUAGACGUAUCGGAUUAACUACGUUAUCUAGUGGUCUCUAUAUGUAUUAUGUAUUAUCCCUACAAGAAGUCGCGUGGUUAUGUGCUUUUCGUUUCGAUCUAAAUACAUGGGAAUGGUAUGAAAUGGAACCUUAUUGUUUAUCUAAAAGCCAAAAUGGAAUUUUGCUAUUUACUCCAAUCGAACAAUUGAGUCCUGUCGCUCCUGAUGGCUGGCUUUAUGCAAAUAUUGAGACAGUUUCCUCUUCAAAUAACUCCAGACAUCCACGCCAUGGACUUCAUCAAACUUCAUCUCUCCGAUCACAGCUGUUUCGAUUUCGCCCACAACCCGACAAAAAACUGUUAGUUGUGGAGUAUUUACCGAAUCCUCCUUUCCUGAUAAGGAUGUAUCGUCUGUUUGCUAUCACUUGCUCUUCAAAUGGCGAUUGUUGUGACAAGACCUACUUAUUCCCUAUGGGAACGUGUUCUCGUGAUUUAGCGGCUACACAUUAUUGCUUUGAUACAUCAUCUUGUCAGUGGUUACGAUGGUCACCUGUUCAGACACCACCAAGCAGUAAUAAUGAGUUGGAGGCUGUUAAUCGACCACCAUUGGAAAAUACUGGAUUAGUAUUUAAUCUAUGCCCAAAAAUCCUUGGCUUUCGUGGACUUGUCUGUGCUACACACCUUUUGAAUGAAUCUGUAGGAGAAAAUGAUUCAUUGCUUCUUAAAUCAUCACCAUAUCCUUCUGCAUCAAGCUAUAUCACAAACUCUGCUUCAUUUGAUGAAUCCCCUAGUCUCUCUCGCUCUUCAUCUGCAAAAGAUGAUGACGGUGAUGAUGAUGAUGAAAUGAAAAAUGCUGAAAUCGUGUCUAGUGUAAAUGAAAACAGAUUGACAACAAUGUUAGUUUUAGCCGGUAGACCAGAUCAAAAUAAACAAGUCUCCUGUGGGAUAUGGUUUCAUCAUCCUAAACAAUAUUUCAAUCAUAAUAAUAAUAAUAAUAAUGGUAAUAAUACUGAUGA